AAAUUAAAUAAAUCCCAUAAAUUCGGAAAAUUUGUUUCAUUCCAUUAAUAAUUGGUUUUUAGGAAAAGUAAUAAAUCUACGGAAGAAGUCUUUAUUAUUUACGAUUAAUUAACAUUACAUGUGUUUGUAAAAAGGAAGUCAAUGCACCAUCUACGAGUUUUAAUACCUUUGCUUCAUCUUCCGUUCGCUCUUCGCUCUAGUUCUCGCAAUGGGAGAAAUGAAAACAAACUUGAAUGAUCAGCUGAUUAUCUUUUCCAGUUUACAUACAUUUACAUUUUUUUUCUUGUCAAAAACGAGUUCUUAAUUUUUAAUUUUCACCCAAAAUUUUGAAUGAUUCUUAAAAAUUUCGUGAAAGAAUAAAAAAUUCCGAAUUUACAAUCAACGGUUUUUUAGUACAAAUGGCAAGUGAGGAGCGUUUGAAAUCAAUUUUAUCGGAUCUUGGAAAGGCAACAUUGCGAGGAGUGCGUAAAUGCCCUAAAUGUGGAACCUACAAUGGUUCAAGGGGUUAUUGUUGUAAAAAUAAAUACUGCGAUGCAGUAUUUAAAGAGGCUGGGGAAAAACGAAAAUUAUCAACAGAAGCUUCCAAAUUAAUAACAGGCUCAACUACUCAAAUAUUUUCCGUACGAGCACGUGAUAAAGAUCCCGAUUAUCGAGGUUUCGUUCAAUUACCUUUAAAUAGUGGAGAAAUUAUAAAUUUAACUCUAUCGACAUCACUUUGCUUUAUAAAUGGUUGUGAACGAAGAUUCGAUAGAAAUGUUUUGGGGAAAGAAGUUCAAAAACCAUUAGCGGAUUGUCAGCAUAUUCAAGCAGCAUUACGAUGUUACGCCGAGGCUCAGCCUUUAACAUUAAGAAACUCAGUAUUGUUGUCUUUGAAUGUCAGUAACGAAAUAAAACAAGAAAUAUGGCUAUUGGCAACAGAGACAUCGGGACCUCUCGUACAAAGAGUAUCGAAGCACAUGAUGGUCGUUAAAUGUAAAGCAACUUCCAAACAUCCUUUGGGAUAUUUGCACUUUUCGUUUUUUAUGAUCAAAGUAAGAGACAAAGUGGAACAUCGAUUUUUUUGCAGUUGCGGUAAUUUUCAGGACUCGAGGACUUCACAUAAGGUUGACGUUAACAGUAAAAAUCACAAUAUCCGGUGUGUUCAUUUUUAUGCAUGUAUUUGUGCUUUCGCGAGCGAUGAUAAAUUAUCAGAAGAAUUUGAAUAUUACAUCAAUCUUGAUCAUUCGUAUCCGACUGUACCAAAGCCACUUGGCUCAAAUCUUCGAUCUAAUGAAAGUGAAAGAUUUAUCAGCAUGGAUGACGAUGAGGGACCAACUGAAAAUGCGCAUUUAUUAAUAUUACGAGAUGAUGAAUUUACGGUACACAAUAUAGAAGGAAAUUUGAAUACCGUAAAUUUGGACGCUGCCAUGCUCUCUGAAAAUAUUAACGAAAAUAACAGAAUAAGCGAGCAACAUUUUUUCGCCGAUUCCAAUGUUAUCUCACAGGUACACAAUUUAGAGAUAAUAGAUCAAAAUGCCGUUUUCGACGGAAGUACAGUAAAAAUAAUAAGCGACCAAGCAAUACUAGAAAAAUUAGACCAAGUAAAUAGCAGUGAAUGUGUUAUAGACGAUAGUUUUGAAAUAAUAAAUACCAACAAUGUCAAAUUUCUCGACACAAAUGUUCUUCUCGAUGGCAAUAGUAUUAGAAUUCUAAGUGAAAAUAUAAUUCCCGAAAAUAGUAUACGAAUAAUCGAUAGAAAUUCACUAAUUGAAUGCGAUACAGAAAUUACUAAAAUUGUUAAUCCAAGAAUUGGAAAUUCAAUGAAACGAAAGAGAAUUGAAUCGCCAUCGAUGAAUACAAUAAGUAUUAAUAAUUUAAAAUCGAUUGAGCCAAAAAGAGUGAAGACAAAAACAAUUAAUGCAAAAAAAUAUCAGUGUUCAAAUGAAUUAAUUGAUGAAAAUAAAACAAAUCAAUCGUUUAUCAAUUGGCUCGCCUCUGUAACCGAGAGAAUUAAUGAAACAAUGCAUUAUCAGUGCAGUGGAAAACCAGAUCCACUUGUAUUUCAUGUGCCACAGAAAUUUUUCGAAUGUCUUCGUGAGAGAAUAUCUUGCGGGGCGAAAAAGAAACGUUUACCAAAUUCAACGACAUCGUUUGUUCGAAAAGACGGUGUGCCUAUUGGUACUUUUACAAAAUACACGUGGCAAAUAACAAAUAUUUUACACGUGAAGAGUAUUUUUGAAACACCUUUAAUUUCAUUGGAAAUAACGAGAAGUUUCAUUCAAAAUGCAGAUGGUUCUUAUCAAUUGUAUAAAAGAGAGGAAACUGAUAUUGAUCGUUAUAAAAAGACAGUAAACAGCGCUCUGAUUAAACCCAUGGAAUUGAAAACAUAUUUAAAAGUUGGAAAUACUUCUCCAAGUCAAGUGGAUCCAACACCAUUUCUAAUUGAAUGGAUUCCGGAUAUUUUGCCGAUUUCAAAAAUUGGUGAACUCAGAAUAAGAUUCGAAUUUGGUCAUGUAACAAACGUGACUCCACAACGAUGUAAAAAAGUAUCGUUUUUGAAAAAGUAUUAAUAUUUUAUGAGUUUACUUUUAUCAACGAAAAAAAGCAGUCAACAAAUUGUUCUAACAUUUUGAAUUUAAUUUGCAUUAAUUUCUUAAUUAAAAUAAUUUUUCCUAUUAAUGCAAAAUUAACUGAAAUUGCACGUUCCUUUUAAAUUUAAUUAAUACCUUGUAAAUACAAGAAAAUUUUUACUCGUUACUUUUAAAUUAAAACAAUAUUUAAUGUUCUGUUGAAAGAAAAGAAUUGUAAAAAUAUGCACGAAAAGUGAUGUAAAAAUGUAUUUAUUAAAAAUCAAUAUCAAAGCAAUAAAAUCACUUUAUUAAAGUGCUUUGAUUAAGUACA